AUGUCUAUUGAUAUUGAUGAGGAAAAUGAAGCAAAGGAUAUAACAAUGGUUUUACCCUUUGAGAAGAAGUUGCCAAUUUGGAAGACAGUUGAAUCAAUGGAAGUAUUCAAAACAUUCCCACAAAGUCCUCAUUUCACUCCAUUGCUGGAGAUUAGAGAAGACGCCCGUGAAAUGUCUGCGGUUGGUAUGAUGCUAACCUUCUCAGGAUUACUUGAAGAAGUCAAAGCUCUGAAACUCAACAAUCCCAUAAGAUCACUAAACAGCCUCAGUGCUUCCUUUGCCGAGUUGGAGAAGCAUGGGUUCGAUGUAAAAGUACCUACGUUGCGGAUCAGUAAGCUGUUGUCUCUCAUAGAUAGGCAAGCAAAGAAAAUGGAGGAGCUCAAAGGUGCUGAGAAAGUGACUGCAGAGAAAGAGAGAAACAAGGUUGAGAACGAACGCAAGAUUCUGGAGCUGAAAAAGCUGAAUGAAGAGGCAGACAAAGAGUUAACACAGAGUAAGUCAUGUGAAGCAAAGAUUGGCCAACAGCUUGAAGAUGUGAAGCUUCAGUUUCACACAACUGCGUCAGCUCCAUGGUAA